CGACUACAUGUCCCACAAUGCACGGCGUGUAAACUGAUAAAGCGGUGUCUGGUGCGGACGUGUUUGACAGUUAUCCACAAAUGGGGUCCAGAAGUCGAUACGAGUGACCGCAAAUGAGUCCAACGCUGCGUGAACGUUAGCCCCGCAGAGUUGUACCGUCACGUAUUUGUUGUGUUGCUUUUCUACGUGAAAGUUCGCAAGUGUUCAUUGGCCCAAAAACACGAAUGAAUGAGCACGUGAAGGGGUAGAAAGCAGACAGUGAACGCGGGCAAUGAACGUGGUGUUGUGAGCGGAACAAAGAGAACAACAAAGAGGAAUACAAAAACAACCCAAAAUACAACCGUCCAAGGGCCUGAAGAAGAGUGUGUGCGGAGUGAGACAGCCUGUUAACAGACGAUCUUUGACGCUAGCUAAGUAGCUAAAGCUAACAAGCGGACGGAGAAAGACAGAGAGAGAGAGAGAGAGAGAGAGAGAGAGAGAGACCGGGAGACCGGGGCUUGCACGGUCCGUUCCUUGCUCCGGUAUGAUGACAGGUGACAGCAACAUGACCUCCAUCGUCCAGAGAAUAGCUCGCCACGCUCUGCUCACCUUCAGGAGUCCGCCCCGGGUCGGCGAAGAGCCCGGGAAGUCGUUCCUGGAGACCCGAAGCCAGCUGAAGAGCCUGAUGACGGAGGUCCGAGCGGCGGACCUGAAGCUAGUGCCCCGGAGAGCCGACAACAAUGGGUCCUCCGCCCCGGUGCCGGCCCCGUACCACCACAGCGGGCCUCCGGUCACCUACAUGCACAUUUGCGAGACGGACCAGUUCAGCAUGGGGGUGUUUCUGCUCAAAAGCGGCGCCUCGAUCCCGUUGCACGACCACCCCGGGAUGCACGGCAUGCUCAAAGUCCUGUACGGGAAGGUCCGGAUCAGCUGCUUUGACAGGCUGGAGCGGCAGGGGGGCACGCCGGCUGCACCUCCGCUCCCCCCGGCGCAGAAGGGCGCCUUGCAGCGGUCCCUGCUCCGCUCCACGGAGGUCUACACGGAGGAGAGCGGCCCGUGCGUGCUCACCCCGGACCGGGACAACCUGCACCAGAUCGACGCGGUGGACGGUCCGACUGCGUUCAUGGACAUCCUGGCCCCCCCGUACGACCCGGACGACGGCAGAGACUGCCACUACUACAAGGUGCUGACAGAAGCCGAGGUCAAAAACACAGAGCAGCAGCAGCAGCAGAAGGAGGUCUGGCUCGUGGAGAUCUCGCAGCCUCCGGAUUUCUGGUGCGGAGGGGAGCCGUACCCGGGCCCGGAGGUCUGCCUCUGAUACCUUGUGACUCACGUGUACCCGCAACAUGGAGCUGGUUUAUAUGCAGCCUGGAAGGGCACGAGGCCGGGACUUUGGACUUGGUUUGACAACACUAGACUGAAUAAAGGGUCUGAAUGAUAUGAUGAAAUAUGCGAUUUAAACGAUAUUACUGCACGAUAUGAUGUAAAAUAUGGGAUUUAAACAAUAUUACUGCAUCAUAUGAUGCAUAAUAUGCAAUUUAAAACAAUAUUACUGCACCAUAUGAUGCAUAAUAUGCGAUUUAAACAACAUUACUGCACCAUAUGAUGCAUAAUAUGCAAUUUAAAACAAUAUUACUGCACCAUAUGAUGCAUAAUAUGCUAUUUAAAGUUAUAUUACUGCACCAUAUGAUGCAUAAUAUGCAAUUUAAAACAAUAUUACUGCACCAUAUGAUGCAUAAUAUGUGAUUUAAAACAAUAUUACUGCACCAUAUGAUGCAUAAUAUGCGAUUUAAACAACAUUACUGCACCAUAUGAUGCAUAAUAUGCAAUUUAAAACAACAUUACUGCACCAUAUGAUGCAUAAUAUGCAAUUUAAAACAAUAUUACUGCACCAUAUGAUGCAUAAUAUGCAAUUUAAAACAAUAUUACUGCACCAUAUGAUGCAUAAUAUGCAAUUUAAAACAACAUUACUGCACCAUAUGAUGCAUAAUAUGCGAUUUAAAGUGAUAUUACUGCACCAUAUGAUGCAUAAUAUGCUAUUUAAAGUGAUAUUACUGCACCAUAUGAUGCAUAAUAUGCUAUUUAAAGUGAUAUUACUGCACCAUAUGAUGCAUAAUAUGCAAUUUAAACAACAUUACUGCACCAUAUGAUGCAUAAUAUGCGUUUUAAACAAUAUUACUGCACCAUAUGAUGCAUCAUAUGCGUUUUAAACAAUAUUACUGCACCAUAUGAUGCAUAAUAUGGUAUUUAAAACAAUAUGAUGGAUAAUAUGUGAUUUAAAACGAUAUUCCUGCGACAUAUGAUGCAUAAUAUGCGAUUUAAAACAAUAUGAUGCAUAAUAUGCGAUUUGAAAUGAUAAUACUUGCGAUAAAUUGUCUAAAAACAAGAUAUUUAAGUGUACUCGCUUCUGCCUUUCUGAUCAUGAUUCUGCUAAAAUACAGCAAACUGAUUGUUGAAUUAAAAGGAGGAUUUCUUAC